AGCAACACCCGGCUCGCUCAGACGUCAGGUCAUGCUACGUCAUUAAUAUUGUUAUGGCGGCCAACAAAGGAUCAGGACAACGCUGUGGUAAUCUGCGUGGAUUAAACUACAGGUCAUACGUGAAGGAAGCAUGUGAGCUGCUAAGGAAGCUCAGAGCUGAUGAGUGCUGUCUGGAUACCUUUGUGGAAGAUGCUUCAAAGGAUCUGCAGAAUAAAGAUGCUCCAGAGAGGAAAUUCAUCCUUGAUGUUGUUUCUGGGUGUGUUCAGAAUAAAAAGCUGCUGGAUGUAGUGGUCAAUAUGUUUUAUGGCCUGAAUAAGAAGUGGGUGUCUAAAGGUGAUCACAGCCAGUUUGUUGUCAUCUGCUACCUCACCAUGUUUGCUCUUGAUGAUCUUGGAGUUCAAAAUUUCAGCAACAUAAUUAAAUCUCUCGGCAUCAACAAGAUGCACUUUUUCAUGAAUUUUUUCUUCUCACACCUCACCCCAUGGAUACAAGAGGAGUGGAACGGCAUCUAUGAUGUUGAUUUUGUGGAAAAGGAAUGGAUCGUUCCUCUUCUCAGAUGGCGCCCUGAGAUCAGUUCCCUUAUGGAUCAGCUGUUUGAGGAAAGUCAGGUCCAAAAAGCUCAUGUUAAAACCACCCAGCCUCAGGAGUUCAACCUCACCAAUCCGAAAGCUGGACCCGUGCCAGAGAUGAUUCCUCAUGAAGAAAAACGCAAAGCAGUACCAAAAGGCUUUUACAGCGCUAACAAAGCUGAGGCUAAAAUCUCUUCUGUCAAGUUAAAUAAUGCAGCCAUUUUAAGACAGGAAGCGCUUUACCAUCGCCAGGUGGAAGAAGAGCAGCAGAGAAUAGAGCAGCUGGUGCAAGGAGCGCGAGACUCUUCCAGCUUCCUGCAGUGGCAGCAGGAGAUGCGUGAAAAGGACCUUCAGGAAAAGUUACCAAGGAUGAAACAAAAACAUCUGGAGACACGCAUCAGUGAAGAGAAUGUAGCUCUGGUUCGUAAGCAAGUGGCAGAAAACAACCAGAAGGCUGCACAGUUGAAGAAGGAGGAGACCUUUCAGCUGAUGCAGAAAUAUGCAGAGAAACGGAUGCAGGAGGAAAAAGAGCUGAGAGACUUGGUGCAGCAGGUUGCAAAGGGCCACAAGAAUCCAAAAGCAGCUAAAGAGAAAUUACAGAAAUUAAAGCAAAACAUAGUUAAAGAGGUGUCUGAGCACAAUCAAGAGCUCCUCCGACAAGCACUCGAAGAAGAACAGGUUCGGCUGUGUGAAAAUGUCAAAAAAAUCAGUGAGAUCCACGCUGUGGAAUCCCUGCAGCGCGAUAAAACCAGCCGCUUUGAUGACACAGAGACUGCAGGCCAUCAGAUGGGGGAGAUGUCGCUGGCUGAGCUGAAGCAGCGCCUGGCCUUUCUGAAGCAGUCCCAGCAACAGGAGCUGGAGGAGAGACACUCCCAAAUCCUGCAGGAGAACAAGAAAAAGAAGCAGGACAUGCAGGAAAAGUUAGAAACCAUCAGCCUCCACAACAGAACCCUGGCACAAGCAGCAGCCAACAGGAAAGAGGAGAAGAGGGCCAAGCAGGAAUUCCUAAAGCAGCUGGUGGAUCAGGAUGAAACCGUUUUAGCUCUGAAGAAGAAGCUGGAGGAGCAAAAGCAGCAGCGCAGACAGCUGAAGUUACUGGAGAAGUCCAAAACCAAACCCCAGACAGGGACUCCAGCAGCAGCACAAACAGAAACACACGGCCGGCAAACUUCAAACAGGAAGAACUGGGAGGAAAUUAACCAGCAAAUGUAGCUCUACCUUCAGGAAUUUUAGGAUUUCUAAAACCGAUCAGCUGAAAAGCAAACACUGCACUCACUGAUGACAUUUUGAAUAAUUUUCUUUUUAUUGUUCUUGAAGUGGACACGUUGGAUUGAGAAUGAGUCAAUCUAGUUUAUUCAAAGAAUAAACAAAUAUGAUUGUUAGUCCUGGUUUGAGGCUUUUGUUCUUUUCAUUUCCUCAAAAUAAAAGAAAAGGUGAAACAGGAA